AAAAUAUGGGGCUUAGGAGGGUUAACUUCGAUUUCUUAUCGAUAUACGAUAAGUCCUGCUUGUUCUCCCUCUUUCGCCAUUUGACAUAUUUCCGUUAAGCCAUGGCCGACACCCAAGCUGCCAAGUCCGCUGCUGCUGCGCCAAAGGCCGCAAAGGCCCCAAAGGCUCCUAAGGCCGCCAAGGCACCAAAGGCCGAGAAGGCCGCCACCACCGAGGCUAAAGUGUCCGCCAAGAAGUACAAGCGUCACGGACGUCUGUUUGCCAAGGCUGUCUUCACCGGCUACAAGCGCGGUCUGAGGAACCAGCACGAGAACCAGGCUAUCCUCAAGAUUGAGGGCGCCCGCCGCAAGGAGCAUGGCGAAUUCUAUGUUGGCAAGCGUUGCGUCUAUGUCUACAAGGCAGAAACCAAGAAGUGCGUACCACAGCAUCCCGAGCGCAAGACCCGCGUCCGCGCUGUCUGGGGCAAGGUUAUCCGCAUUCAUGGCAACACUGGCGCUGUCCGUGCCCGUUUCAACAGGAAUCUGCCCGGUCAUGCCAUGGGACACCGCAUUCGCAUCAUGCUUUACCCAUCAAGGAUUUAAGUUAAAAUCAACUUAAGUAAUUGACCUGCAGAGUAAAAAAAAUCCGUUUUACAAUAAAUGAAACAAUUUAAAUUUAAUUACAA